UGAACGAAUGCAAUUCCCUCCGGUACGUCGUAACAUGGCGCCACGAGCAUUAAAAAGGGAGAAUAGCAAGAGCCGCAACAGUCCAAGACCAGUAACGCUUUUUCGUUUGGUGCCGUAAAUCUUUUCCAAACAAAAACAAAACAAAGAAAACCGGAAACAAAAAAGAGAAGCAUUUUGUUUUCCGGAGAGAAUUCGAGAGAUACAGAGAGAGACUGUCUGUUGAUCUUCUAACCUAAUCUCUUGAAAACCCUUUUUUUUCUACAGAGGCGCUGAGCUAUGAUUAUUUCUUUUAUCUCAUCGUUGAAUUGCUGCUGAGGUUUAAUUGGUUGGGUGUUGAGUUACAGAUGUCAAUGUUAGUAGCACUAGUUAACGGGACAUUCUGGAGGAUUGGAUUCUUAAUCAAGAGAAUCUUUACACUAAAGCAAUCUCUGCAGCCUCGAGUGUUGAUGUCUUCUCUGUAAUCAGUCUUUUCUGCCUCUUUUACCAUGUGGAGUUUCGCAUCAAAUGCCUUUUCUGGAGCUACUGGACAGAAGAAGAACUCUCCUCAGCAAAGCCAAGCGUGUUCCGAAUGCUCAGAUGACGAAGUUUCUUCCAACCCUACCAGAGACGAAGGACUAGAAUGCCCUAUAUGUUGUGAAUCCUUCAACAUUGUCGAGAAUGUCCCCUACGUGUUAUGGUGCGGUCACACUCUCUGCAAGAACUGUAUCUUGGCGCUUCAAUGGGCUGUCGUGAAAUUUCCCACCCUACCAAUUCAGCUCCCACUCUUCAUCUCUUGUCCAUGGUGCCACCUACUAUCAUUUCGGUUGGUUUACAAAGGCAAUCUCAAAUUCCCACGCAAGAACUUCUUCCUCCUUUGGAUGGUUGAGAGCUUAAACGGAGAUAGAGUGAAGAUUCAACAUUCUGAUUCUUCCUUCGCUGCAAACAAUCAUCAACAAGUCUGGCCUUCAAACAAUAUAUCUACUGGAAGAAGUCAAGUUAAUAGUAACCCCGUCAACUUAAGGAGGGCAACAGCUACUACUCACGGGGACCAUCAGGAACAACGUAGGCCCAUUCCAAACCAAGUGAUCACCAUGGGUAACUAUCUCAACAGGGAGAGCCUUAAUUCGACCCUACGAAAAUCACUGGUUUUUUUCGUGAACAUAACAGCAAAAUUCCCCUUGGUCGUGGUAUUUCUUCUUAUCAUCUUGUAUGCGGUUCCUGCCAGUGCUGCUAUAUUGCUUUUGUACAUACUUGUCACUGUCCUGUUUGCAUUUCCUUCAUUUCUUAUACUGUGUUUUGCAUACCCUAGUUUGGAUUGGCUGGUAAGGGAAAUCAUUACGUAAACAUGAGGUUGCAUUUGGAUCAUACACUGAUGAACCUGUUUUAGGUGUAACGACAAUGGUUGCUGCAAAUAAUCCAUUGUUUCAGGUGUUGUAGUUUAUUUUUUUGCCAAUGCUCUUAUAGAUAAUUUUGUAAGAACCAUUGUAAAGAUUUCAUCUAUGUAAACUAUAUGUUGUUUUCGUA